AUGGAUCGAUAUAUAAAAGAAUACAUCUUUCCAAUCACACCAUUGCACGAAAAGCAACACGCUUUUCGAACAGGACACUCGGUCGAAACAGCAUUGCACAAUGUAACAUUGGCAAUAGAAAAAGCAUUGAAGGUAAAAUACUACACCAUUGGAUGCUUCCUGGACAUCGAGGGGGCAUUCAACAUGACAUCGGUAGAGGUACUGGUGACAGCAAUGGAGGAAUUCAAUCUCCAUCAAAAGCAGAAGAUGUGGAUAACUAACAUGCUGACCAAGAGAAGGUUAGUGGCGACUAGAGGGGGCCAUUCGGUUUCAGAGUAUGUGAACAGAGGGUGCCCGCAAGGAGGGAUACUGUCACCACUGUUAUGGUGUUUGGCGGUUAACUCGCUGCUACACGCACUAGAAGAAUGUGGGGUAACUAUAUCGGCUUAUGCGGAUGACGUAGUGUUUUUAGCUACCAGCAGCGAUAUACACGAAGCAUACGACAAAGCACAGGAGGCGUUGGAGAUAUUGAAAAUAUGGUGCGACAGCACAGGUCUAUCGGUCAACCCAGACAAAUUGGAAGUGGUACGAUUUACCAAGCGCAUCAAGAUACCGGCAACCGAACCUCUGAGGUACGAGGGUAAGGAUUUAAAACUGGUAGAUGAGGUGAAAUUUUUAGGUGUAACAUUCACCAAGAAGCUACUAUGGAGAAGACAUGUCUUCAACAAAGUGGCAUGUGGGAAAAACAAUCUAUACAUGGUGAGUAGAGCCAUAGGAGGGACAUGGGGAUUCUCCCCUCGCAUCACAAAUUGGAUAUACAAAUCCAUUGUGGUGCCACGGGUGACCCAUGGGGCUAUCGCUUGGUGGCAGGCAGCAAAAAUGACCACAGUAAAGAAUAAGUUAAAUAGCCUUCAGGGGCUGGCACUUAGGAGAGCUCUAGGGUCGUUAAGUACCACUCCACUAAGGGCAAUGGAGGUACUAACAAACACGACCCCCUUAGACACAGUUAUUUUAGAUAUAGCAAUCAGAACAGCGCACAGGCUGAAAUGUUGGGAUAGCUGGACGGGGAACAGUUAUGGACAUGCAUCGAUAAUCCAGAACGAAGCGGACAUGGACAUGAACAACUGGAUGAGCAUGGAUCAGGAUAGAUGCGCUCCUAGUAUGGUACCGAAACAACUAUUCCAGGCGGAGGCAGUCGCAAUAAUAAAAUGCACGCAAUUACUAAUGGACAAGGGUAUAAAACAAAAGACAAUACGCAUUUUUACAGAUAGCCAGGCGGUCCUGCUGAGCGUUCAAAAGCUCAUGCACACCUCAAUGACGACCAGGAGAUGUAAGGAAUGCCUUAACGAGUUGGUAUCCAGGGGCAACAAGGUAAUGUUGUGCUGGGUGCCAGGUCACAAAGGCAUUCCAGGGAACGAACUAGCGGAUAAAUUGACAAAUUUGGGAUCAAGAAGGGCUCCACCGGAAGGAGUGCCUAGGCAGGUGCCGCUAGCGGAGGCAGUGUUCGCCCUCAGUAGGAAAAAAUGGCGCGAGGACCAGAGGAAAAGGAAAUGGGACUCGGCAGAAGGAUGCAGAGUAGCAAAAAUGAUGAUAGGACAAAACCCCGUAUAUAAAAAUUGGAGGGACCUAAUGGGUCUUCCACGUGAAGACACGAGAAGGGUGGCGGGACUUUUAACAGGACACGCCAUCCUCAACCACCACUUGACAAGGAUUGGAGAAUUGCAAGAAGAAGGAUGUGAUUUCUGCAACGAGGACACAGCUGAAUCGGCUGAACACAUAUUAAUGAGAUGUCCAGGACUGAUGGAGACGCGCUUUAAGAGGUUUAGGAAGGCGAUAUUGGAAGAAGAAGAUGUAUCCCAACUGGCAAUUAGAGGAAUUCAGGAAUUCGUCCAAGAUAUAGACAGGAAAUGGCCUAGGGAUGAAGAGGAGGAGGAAGAAGAGGAGGUGUGGUAA